AUGGCUGAGAUCACACUGACAGACUGCAAAGUGAGCGAGUGCAAGAGCGAGAAUCAGAGACUGGCCGACGAGCUGGCCAACAUCAAGAGAAAGUACCUCGGUCACAAGAAGCUGCAGAGCGAAUCAAAGAAUAUGAAUAAAGUGGAACACGUGGAGCGUCUGCCGCAGCUGAUCAACAAGCCACAUUUCACCGGAGGAGGCUUUAGGAUUGAGAACCCGACCAGGAGACUGCAGAUAUAA